AUGCAUUAGACCAUAUGUUUGCAUGAUAAUUUGAGAUUUUUUUUUAUUCGAACCUUCAUUACCCAUAUUCAUAUUUAAAUAGUUAUAUUAAUACUAGUAUAGUAAUAUAAUAAGCAAGUUAUAAAUAUUUGCUAAGGCACUUUUCCUAAAAUUGCCCUACUGUAUUUAAAAAAAUGUAUUCUGCGCUGAAUACCAUUAGUCGAAGCAUGAAAAGGAAAGGCAAGUUUUUGAAAAUGGAUGCCGGUAUGACCAAAAAAAACCUAUCCUACUUUCCGCCUUACUCUCAAACAAAGCAAGGCAAAAAGGAGCCCAUAAAGAGGAAGACGAUAAAGAAAUUGAUGGUCGCCAAUCGAGGCGAGAUAGCCAUUCGAAUAUUUCGCGCUUGCCACGAAUUGGGUAUACGUUCAGUGGGCAUAUACUCUACGGAAGAUAUGAUGCAAAUGUAUAGACAAAAAGCGGACGAGGCCUAUAUUGUAGGUAGAGGACUAGCGCCUGUCCAAGCAUAUCUCAAUAUUCCAGAGAUCGUGAGAAUUGCUCAACAACACCAAGUAGAUGCCAUACAUCCUGGUUACGGGUUCUUGUCUGAAAACUGGGAAUUCGCCGAUGCGGUAAACAAAGCUGGCAUGGAAUUCAUAGGGCCCUCUCCAGAAGUAGUAAAGACCAUGGGCGACAAAAUUGCUGCUAGACAAAUAGCUUUGAAAACAGAUGUCAAGGUCAUUCCCGGUAGCGAAGGAGAAGUUCAUUCUUUCGAAGACGUUGAAAAAUUUAUUACUCAACAUGGUUUGCCUAUUAUUUUCAAGGCGGCUUACGGUGGCGGAGGCAGAGGAAUGAGGGUUGUUAGAAAUAAAAAGGAAAUUAAGGAUAUGUUCGAUAGAGCUCAACACGAGGCGAAGGCAGCUUUUGGAAAUGGCGCUUUAUUCAUUGAAAAGUACAUUGAAAAGCCUAGGCAUAUCGAAGUUCAAAUUUUAGGGGAUAAAUACGGAGAUGUGAUCCAUUUAUACGACAGAGAUUGUUCAGUGCAGAGGAGACACCAAAAAAUAGUUGAAAUAGCUCCUGCGCCUAACCUUGAUCCCAAACUGCGUGAAAAAUUGUUAUCCGAUGCCCUUAAAUUGGUCCGUUACGCAGGCUACUACAAUGCUGGAACAGUUGAAUUUUUACUCGAUUCUAAAGGCGUACAUUACUUUAUCGAAGUAAAUGCAAGAUUGCAAGUUGAACAUCCGGUGACUGAAGAAAUUACGGGGGUAGAUUUGGUGGCAUCUCAAAUAAAAGUGGCGGAGGGCAAAACAUUAUCCGAAAUGAAUUUAUCUCAAGAUAGCGUAAGAAUGGAUGGAACGGCUAUACAGUGCAGGGUAACGACGGAGGACCCGGCCAAGAACUUUCAACCCGAUUCUGGGCGAUUGGAAGUUUUUAGGAGCGGGGAAGGUAUGGGCAUACGGUUGGACAGCGCUUCGGCAUACCAAGGGGCAAUUAUUACUCCUUACUACGAUUCGUUGCUUUGCAAAGUUAUCGCUCAUUCAUCAGAAUCGCUUGAAGGGGCUUGCAAAAAAAUGGAUAGAGCCCUAAGGGAAAUUCGAAUACGGGGUGUUAAAACCAACAUCCCCUUCUUGCUCAAUGUUAUUAAUCACGAAGCCUUCUUGAAAGGUAAGAUUUACACGGAUUUUAUCGAUACUAACCCAGAUCUUUUCAAAUUCGCCCCAUCCCGAAAUAGGGCUAUGAAGUUGCUCAAGUAUUUGGGGCAAGUUAUGGUUAAUGGGCCUUCUACUCCGCUUGUCACAUAUUUAAGACCUGAUCAGAGGAUACACCCCAAGGUUCCUUCCUUUGAGAUGGAUAAACCAGCACCCAAAGGAUGGAGGGACGUUCUCAUCGAAAAAGGCCCCGAAGGCUUCGCCAAAGCCUUAAACGCUCAUAAAGGUCCUUUGUUAAUGGAUACGACUUUCCGCGACGCCCACCAGUCAUUACUCGCCACUCGAGUUAGAACUUACGAUUUGAAGCGGAUACUACCGUUCGUUUCUCACAACAUGUCGCAACUGUUUAGCCUGGAAAAUUGGGGAGGAGCUACGUUUGACGUUUCGAUGCGAUUUCUACACGAAUGCCCAUGGCAGAGACUUUCCGACCUCAGAGAAUUGUGCCCCAAUAUUCCUUUCCAGAUGCUUUUGAGAGGGGCGAAUGCCGUCGGUUAUAAAAACUAUCCCGAUAAUCUUGUUUUCAAAUUUUGUGAUAUAGCCAAGAAGGAAGGAAUGGACAUCUUCAGAAUUUUUGAUGCCCUCAAUUAUUUACCGAAUUUAUUAGUCGGCGUUGAAGCUGUAGGAAAAGCCGGCGGAGUCAUAGAAGCUUCGAUUUCAUAUACGGGUGAUGUUUCUGAUCCCACUAAAACAAAAUACAAUAUGGAUUAUUACUUAAAGUUAGCCGACGAGCUAGUCAAAGCGGGAACACAUAUUCUUUGUAUAAAAGACAUGGCCGGUUUGCUGAAGCCACACGCCGCCCGCCUUCUUAUUUCACGCAUAAAAGACCGUUUUCCUCAUGUUCCUAUUCACUUCCAUGGGCAUGACACUGCUGGCUCAGGCGUCGCCACUGCCUUAGCCUGUUUCGAGUCCGGCGCCUCGGUCGUAGACUGCGCCGUCGAUUCCAUGUCUGGUCUGACUUCCCAGCCCAGCAUGGGAGCUGUAGCCUGCUGCUCGGGGCCAGGGCACGCAGGUCUUGACCUUAACUCAAUAUUCCAAUAUUCCGCUUUUUGGGAAGAAACACGUCAUCUCUAUUCUCCAUUUGAAUGUUGCACCACUUUGCGUAGCGGAAGUGCCGACGUUUAUGAGAACGAGAUUCCAGGCGGUCAAUAUACCAAUCUACAAUUUCAAUCAUUUUCCCUUGGACUAGGUGAUAAGUUUAUGGAAGUUAAGAAGGCCUACGUUCAAGCUAAUAAAUUGUUGGGAGAUUUGAUAAAGGUUACCCCAACAUCAAAAGUAGUAGGCGAUCUGGCUCAAUUUAUGGUGCAAAAUAAUCUCAAACCCGAGGACGUGGUAUCUAAGGCCGAAGAAUUAUCUUUCCCUCAAUCAGUCGUAGAAUUUAUGAUGGGAGAGUUAGGAGAACCCUACGGCGGCUAUCCACAACCUUUGAGAAAUAAGAUAUUAAAAGGUCGCAAACCUUUGCAAGGCAGAGCCGGCUUGAUUUUACCACCUGCCAAUUUUGAAACCCUAAAAACCGAGUUGGAAGGUCUAAUAGAAAAUUCUUCAGACCCAUUGACGGAAAAAGAAGUUAUAAGUUACGCCCUUUACCCCGCAGUGACCAAAGAUUUUCUCAAUUUCAGAGGUUUGUAUGGGCCCGUUGAUUUAUUGGACACUAGGACUUUUUUGAUAGGUCCUAAUAUCGCCGAGGAAAUCGAGGUGGAUUUGGAAAAGGGUAAAACUCUUCAUAUUAAAACACUGGCUAAGGGUGACCUAACCAAAAAGGGCGAAAGAGAAGUAUUUUUCGAGUUGAACGGACAGCUGAGAACGGUUUAUAUCAAGGAUAACUCAGCGAAGAAGGAAAUUAAGAUGACCCAAAAAGCCGAUCCUAAUAACAAAGGCUCUGUGGGAUCACCCAUGCCAGGAGAAAUUAUAGAGAUACAAGUUAAAGAAGGCGCGACCGUUAAAAAAGGUGAUCCGAUGGUCAUUUUAUCGGCAAUGAAAAUGGAGAUGUUAGUUCAGGCUCCGAUAUCAGGGAAGGUUUCUAAAAUAUAUGUACAAAAGAAAUCGAAGGUUGAUAUGAACGAUUUGCUGAUUGAAAUAACUUAAAUCGUAUUAUAUUGUCAAAAGAAUAUGUUACAUCUUUUUACAUGAUAGAAACUCAAAUAUCUAUAAAAAAAUUUGAUCAAAUCUGUGCGAAUAUUGAUUAGAACAAAUAAUAUUUUAUAUAAUUAGUCCAAUUUUCUUAAUUUUAAAAUAAAUAUUCAUAGUUAUUACAUAUAAUUUUAAAUUUGAUGCGAUUAUUUAUUUGAAUAUACCAGCAAUAUUUUUGGGUUUGUAUUUAAUUAUAAUAUCAAAAUUAUUAGUUCAGUAUUAGACAGAAUAAUAUAUUUCUAUUCUCCCCCCUUUUUUUAAUACAAAAGAAAUUUUUUAUUAACUUAUAAUAAAACAGUCUUAUAUACAAUUUUUAUUAUUUUAAAAUAUCAUGGCAAUGUUAUAAAAUUUAAUAUAUAUAUUUAUUUUAUUUUUUUGAUAAUAGCUUUUAUAUUUAUUAUAUAAUAUUUUGUGUUAAACAUUAAUCUCCUUUGAUAUAUUUUCUAUAUAUGUGAUCCAACUUUUAAACUUUUCUUCCUU